GAGGGAGAGAGAGACAUGGCAAUAGUAAUUGGCAGCAGAGUCAACCCAACCGUUUUUUGUGGAAGGAAGAUGGGUUUUCUGAAAUCGACGAGGCCAACCGUCAGAUAUUCUUUCCCGGCAAUAAUACGAGCUACUUCAACUGCCACUGUCAAGACAAUUCCUGAUCCUAUUCUAAAUGUAGAGGAUACCAGAACCAGCAAGAACAUAUUAGCUUGUUCCAUUUGUUAUGACCCAUUGAUGUGGAACGGCGAACCAGGGUUGACAAUGACGUCCACCCCUGGCUCUACAUUCCAAUGCAGCACUUGCAAGAAAUCUUUUGUUGCCAAUGAAACAUUUAUUGACCUGACAGCAGCUAGUGGUGCCAAGGAGUAUCGUGAAUCUGUGCCAUUAUCGUCGGAACUUUUCAGGACUCCUCUAGUAUCCUUCCUUUAUGAAAGGGGAUGGCGUCAGAGUUUUUCUGCAUGGGGUGGUUUUCCAGGCCCAGAGAAAGAGUUUGAAAUGGCUAAAGAUUACCUGAAGCCUAGUUUUGGUGGAAAUAUUGUUGAUGCCAGUUGCGGAAGCGGGAUGUUCUCAAGACUUUUUGCUAAGAGUGGAUUAUUUUUUCUUGUUGUUGCUUUGGACUUCUCAGAGAACAUGCUUCGGCAAUGCCAUGAAUUCAUUAAUCGGGAGGAAGGCUUUCCGAAAGAGAACUUAAUCUUGGUCAGAGCUGAUAUUGCUAGGCUUCCUUUUGUUUCAAGUUCUAUUGAUGCUGUGCAUGCUGGUGCUGCGGUGCACUGUUGGCCGUCACCAUCUGCUGCUGUGGCAGAAAUAAGUCGAGUGCUCCGUCCAGGAGGGGUUUUUGUUGGUACAACCUAUAUUUCGGAUUCUAUUAAUGUAGCCAUACCAGUUAUAAGGAUAGUGCGUCAGUACAUUGGGCAAUUCUCUAGCAACCACUUCUUUGUAUCUGAACGUGAAUUGGAAGAUCUCUGUACAAUAUGUGGACUGGUGGGCUUUACAUGCGUGAGGAAUGGACCUUUUAUCAUGUUUUCUGCAACCAAACCCAGAUAGUCAUGCUCCUUGCAUCAAUAUCUGGCUAUCUGCUUUGCUAAUGGGGCACCUUACUGAUUCAUAAUCUAUUAUUUGAAGUGUACAGAUACUGGUCAUAUUAUUGCGCUCCUAUACAUGCAGGGGUUCCUCCCCCAUCAAUGAUAAAUAUAGUUUCAUUUUAAUUUAUU